GUCUAGUCUGUUUUGCUCUGCUUGUGGCAAUGGGAGGAUGGAUAUGUCUUUGUUUGGCAUUACUGGCAUCAUACUUGCAAGUUGUUUCAGCUGGAAGCAGUCUUAUGAAGUGCAACCUGGGCACAAAACUGUGCAAGGAUGGCUCAGAAUGCAUCCCCUACAGCCACGUGUGUGAUGGAGAGCCGGACUGUAAGGAUGGCUCAGAUGAAGAAGACUGUGACUCUGGAUGUGGUGAUGAUCAGUUCCAGUGCGCCCAUGGGAUGAAGUGCAUAGACAAGAACCAGGUGUGUGAUGGUGUUCCCCAGUGUCAGGACCUCUCAGACGAACAGCACUGCAUGAAGCAAACUGAGAACUGUGCUCACCAUUGUGACGACAAGAAUCGCUGCCUGCCUGCGAGCUUCAUAUGUGAUGGGGAGAAGGACUGUAUGGAUGGCACUGAUGAAGCCAGCUGUGAAGACAAAGAUGAUGCCAGUACAGUUCCUGUACCUGCUGCCCCUGCUCCGGCUCGUCCCAUAAAGUGUCCUUUAGGCACCAAACUCUGCAAGGACAACUCUGACUGCAUUCACUACAACCAUGUUUGUGAUGGGGAGGCAGACUGCAGAGAUGGGUCGGAUGAGGAAGACUGCUUAUCAGAAUGUGAAAGUGACCAGUUCCAGUGCCACCAUGGAAAGAAGUGCAUAGAAAAGGGCCAGGUGUGUGACGGUGUCCCUCACUGCCAGGACCGCUCAGAUGAACUGCACUGUGCUAAACGCAUGGAGGGCUGUGCUCACCAAUGUGAUGACAAGAGCCGCUGCAUUCCCAACAGCUUCCUCUGUGACGGGGAGAGGGACUGCAUAGAUGGCAGUGACGAGGCAACUUGUGAUGAACAGAAGUGUAGUUCAACAGAAUUCAGAUGUACCAGUGGCCAGUGUGUGUCUGCUUCAGUGCGCUGUGACGGUCACCCAGACUGCUGGGACCGCUCGGAUGAGGAGGGCUGUACCAAAGCACCAGUCUGCACCACCAAACACCGCUGUCCCCAAAGCAAGGAGUGUCUGGUGCAGGAGUGGAUUUGCGAUGGAGACCAGGACUGCAAAGAUGGCUCAGAUGAGAAGGACUGUCCYGUGGUUCCACUCAGCUGUGGUGACUUCCAGUGGCUGUGUAAAUCAAAGACCAAAUGUGUUCCUGCAGUCUGGAGGUGUGACGGCAUGAAGGACUGUGACGAUGGCAGUGAUGAAGAUGAAUGUGGGAUGGUGACAUGCCUCCCUCAUGAGUUCCAGUGUGGCAGUCAUGAGUGUUUGAACGUGGCUCUGGUAUGCAAUGGCAUUACAAACUGUGCAGAUGGUUCAGACGAAGGAGGCAGCUGCCAAACAAACUGUGCAGAAGCAGAUGACUCGCGCUGUUCUCAAGGCUGCUACAACACACCACAGGGACCUCGCUGUCGUUGUGCAGCUGGUUACAAACUCCUGGAGGAUGGACAGACAUGUGCUGAUGUAAAUGAGUGUGAAGGUCCAACACCAGGUGUGUGCAGUCAUUUGUGCAUCAAUACUGCAGGAUCAUACCAAUGUGACUGCCAUCCAGGCUUUAUUAUGGAGACGGGUGGACACCAGUGCAAGAUCACAGGUGAACCCUUCCUGCUAACAUCAGUCCAAACAGAACUCUACUUGUAUGGUCUGCGCGGUGGAAAUCUAGACAUCCUGUCGUCUUCUGCCAAGAAGGCAAUUUUUUCUCUGGACUAUGACUGGAGGGAUCAGAAAGUGUUCUGGGUCAGUGUGGACACUGAGACUAUCAGAUGGUCUUCAAUGGACCAGAAGACUACAGGAAUUCUGAUCAAAGGAGUCAGGGCUGACUCUGUGGCUGUGGACUGGCUUGGGAGAAACCUGUACUGGAUUGAUGGAGUGAAUAGUCAGAUUGUUGCAGUCAAACUUGCAAAAACCUCUGUGAAAUCACUGGACAGAAGCAUCAUCCUGGAUGAAGACCUGGACCAGCCUCGCUCUCUGGCCUUGCUGCCACAAAAAGGGCUGAUGUUUUGGACUGAAAUUGGUAACAUGGUAAAGAUUGAACGUGCUGGAAUGGAUGGAUCAGAGAGGAGGGCAGUGGUAAACUCCAGCUUAGGCUGGCCAGGUGGAAUUUCAGUGGACUACAUCUCUGAGAGGGUCUACUGGACCGAUGAACGACUGGGGGCCAUUGGAUCUUCCACAUUAGAUGGUGGUGAUGUGAAGAUUCUUCAGUUGAAGGAGACAACAAAUCCUUUCUCUGUGGCUGUAUUCAAUGACAUGCUUUAUUGGUCUGAUGCCAAGAAAAGGGUGGUUCAAGCUGCUAAUAAGUUCUCUGGCAAAAACUGUCAAAUUCUGCUAAAAAGACCAGGACAGCCUUUUGCUGUGAAACUCAUCCACCCAAUACUCCAGAUGGACACAGGCAGUCCCUGUAAGAAGAUGGACUGUUCCCACAUGUGUGUGGUGGCUCCAAGACGCAGAGCUGUCUGCAUGUGUCCCUCUGGUCUCAUGCUGGCUGUAGAUGGUGUGACCUGCUCCAGUCAGGUUUCACCAACAAUCCUGCUGCUGCUCUCUCCCACAGCUGUCAUGAAGAUCCAUUUGCAGUCCCAGCUGGCAGCUGCUGAGUUGAAGGGCUGGCCUGAGCACUUGUCACUGCAAAUCCCCAACAUGAAUGAAGCUGCCAUCAUGGACUACAGCCUACAAGACGACACUCUGGUUUUAACCGAUGAUGCCACAGCUUCACUAAGCUCCUUCAAGCUGAAGGAUUCUGUUUUGAUCUCCCAGGGCCAGCUUCUCAAACUGCUGGAUGAUAAAAUUACUGCCAUGGCUCUUGACUGGGUAACCCUCAACGUGUACUGGAGCAGCAGAAAACAGCCACGCCUACAGGUCACUUCAAAAACUGGAACCUACACUGCUGUUGUCAUUAAGGAUGGAAUUGGUGGAAUUGGUGGUAUUGCUCUCCACCCUCCCAGUGGAAUCGUUUGUUUCACAAAUUUAGAUCUGCAUGACACAAGUAGCAAGGGUGCAAUAGAAUGUGCUCACAUGGACGGUGCACAGCGGAGAGUUGUGUGGAAGGAGGCAGUCCAGCCUGAAUCAUUGGCCUUUUCUAAAGAUGCAGAUACCAUCUACUGGGUUGACAUGGGAAUGGGGACAAUCAAUGCUGUUCACAUCAAUGGAUCUGGAUAUAAAAAGCUGGAGACGAUCAAUGGCCUGACUGCAAUGACUCUUGUUGAUGAUGCACUGAUCUGGAUGACUACUAAUGACAUGACGAGGCUCUGGUACAAGAGAGAGCAGCAACAAAAAAUGUGGUUUGAGGUUGAUGCACAAGUGGUCAGCUUAAAAUCCUUCAAGUCUAGUCAUUCAGGUUCCAAUCACUGUGCUAAAAACAAUGGAAACUGUCAGCACCUGUGCCUCGCCACUCCAGCAGGCCGGACAUGCGAGUGUGCUCAUGACUACACGGUGAAGGGUACAAAGUGCAUCCUACAGGAAAGCUGCUCACCUGACAGCAGACCAUGUUUGGACCAAACCUGCCUUCCUGUCGCAAAGUUCUGUGAUGGGCAUGCAGAUUGCGCUGACCACUCGGAUGAAAACUGUGUUGGCCUCAAGCAGUUGUCAGGUUCCAAGGUGUCUCCUACCAUCCAACCUCGUGGCUCUGCUCCUCGUCCUUCUCCAGAGAUGGACCAGGACGACUUGAGUGAGCUCAAGAACCUGGACGCUCUGAAGUGCAACCAGGACCGCUGCAGUGGUAACGGGCUGUGUGUGGAGACUGAAGGAGUCACUACUUGUCAGUGUUCAGAGGGCUACAGCGGUGCCACCUGUAAAGAUCCUGUCGCAAAAGGCUUGCCAAGUGCAAUCAUCUAUGGAGCAGCUGGUCUCUCUGCAGGGGUUGUGGUCAUUGCUGUAAUUGCAGUGGUGGUCUUAAAAAAGAAGGGUGCAUCCAGGAGCAGUAACUCUGAAAUUGAAAAGGAGAUGAGCAUGUCUGAGCUACAGAACAAAGCAGAGACUACCCCCUGCACUCAAACUGCCCAGGCAGAUGUGGAAAAACCUGAGGAACCAUCUUCAGGGAACUGAUGCAGAUUUAAAUCAUUUUAAAUAAAAGCUUUGCAUUUUCAA